AUGACCCUCUCGGCACCGCCGCCGGCCUCACGUUGCACAAUUUCCACCCCCCCCCCCCCCCUCCCCCGGGGCCAGGAGAUUCCUGAGCGGCGCAGUCAGAGCGGCCCGGCCCGCCCCGGCACCGGGCACCGGGCCCUGGGCAGCCGGAGGCAGCCGAGCGCGUUAAAAAUAUCGCCGAUUUCUGACACCGGCUCCCAGCGCGGUUCCAAGCAGCCGGGCCCGGGGCCAGAUCCCGGCGCCGAGGGACGGAGGCCGCCCGGCUCCCGUGCUGCUCCCCGGCACGGCGAGGAGGCCGGUGGCACGGCGAGGAGGCCGGUGGCACGGCGAGGAGGCCGGUGGCACGGCGAGGCCGAGCUGUUACUCGCUGUCCGUACGUCGGGACGGCGCUCGUGGGCACCGCGGAAACGCAACCCCCACGGUGCGGUUUGGAGCAUCCCGGGGCACGGCGUGGACGGGCCGUGUUUACCCCAGCCCGCGGCCCGGCCCAGCGUGGGUUUCCAUGGAAAACUUCCAUCGAAAACAAGGAGGGAAGGAGCUACCGCGGGAGUGACUCAGCCACAACUGGAAGCUUCUGCGGGGCUCCCUUGUGCCCCAGGGUGGUGUCAUCACCCGCCCCCCCAGCGCCCUUCGCAAGUGCCACACGCGGUUUUGGGGGAAAAAACAACUCUUCUGGCCCCCCGCGGAGGGGAAGGGAGGAUGGGGUGGGGAAGAGCCCUGUGCCCCCGGCUCCAGGCUCGCAGCUCUCCGUUUGUUUCCCUCCCCUCGCGGCGCCCGGGCAGGCACGGCGCAGGAACGACGGCGACACGCAGAAGGUUGCAGCGCAGCAUGGAGGAAAGGAGCCAUCAGCGAGGCCCUGCUGCAGGCACGGCCCUGGGUGCGACGCUGCUGAAACGCCGCUGGGCUGCGGGCUCAGGAGAGCGGCUCACCCCGGCGCUGAAGCGGUGCGGCAGCCAAGCAGGACGCCUACAAUUAGAGCAACAAUAA